AUGGCGACGGCGACGGCGAUGGUGCAGGCGCAGCCAGGACUCGACGCGCGCGAGUGGGACGGGGCGGCGUACCGGCAGGGCAUCCUGCGGGAGCGCAACCUCUCCUGCCGCACCCUCUUCCGCGCCGUCUUCUACGACCACCACGACGAACCCGACCCGCACGUCCUCCUCGCCGCCACCUCCAGCGAUGGUUCUUUCAAACAUGUCCCUACUCUAUUCUGUGUCUACAAACACCCUGUUCCCCUUGAUUUUAUUCCGCCGGCUGCAACCGCGCUGGUCGACCCCGCCUGCAUCGUCCAAGCGCAUAGCGGCACCGUCUACGACGCCAAGUUCUACAACGAUCCGAUUCAGCCGCUGCUCUUCAGCUGCGGGGAUGACGGCCACAUGCAGGGUUGAAGAUGGCAUGAGAUGUAGAGCUGCUUUGUGCCACUCUCUCUGCAAGGAGAUCAUGUUGAACCAAUACUUGACUUGGUUAACCCUCAGCAUGAAGGCAAUUGGGGUGCACGGUCUCCAAUACCAGAAAAUAAUGCCAUUGCAAUUAGCAAACAGGUCAGUACUUCAUAUUUGCAUACUUUCACACUUGAAGAAAGCAAGCAGCACACCAGCCUCUUAUGUGCAUUCUGUCCUCAUUCAUCUUUGUUCUCGUCCUAAAAAUAAAGAAGGAAAGAAGGGUUUUCCGGGAUUGACAGCAAAGAAAAAUAGGAAAGUGGGAACCCAUCCGGUAAUAAGAAGGAAAGGAGGGAAUUCGGGGAUUGAAAGCAAAAAAAAGGAAAGUGGGAAGCGGUCCCGUAAAAACAAGGAAAGAGGGCUCCGGGAAAAAAGUGGGAAGCCAGACGUCCCGUAAUAAGAAGAAAGUGUCCUAAUAAGGAAGAAUGGAGAGAACAAAGAUGGAAUGGGGGAUUCCGGGAAUUGAUAAUAAAGAAGGAAAGAGACAGAUUUUUGGGAUUGACAGACAAAAAUAGCCUGGUGAUUUUUUGUCAUUUGUUUUGUCCCGUCAUGAGUUGAUUGGUCUCUAGAAAUAUUGUGGGAACAAAGUAAACCAGCUAGAAAUCAAUCAAAAGUCUCCCCCCUUAAAAAAAUUCAUCCUCUACCACUAGUUGUAAUCCCAUGAACGAAGUUUUACCCCGUCCAUAACUCGAGAGAAAAUUAUGCUAGAAUUAUUUAUUUAUUGUUUGUAAUCACCGGG